GCCUCCAGCUCGAAGCCCAUGCCCACCUUGUGACCUCCGGCGUUGAAGUUCUUUCCGUCGAUGAGCGCCGACAGCGUGACCUUGACGCCUGCCGGGACAGAUGGGCGCGUUAGCCACGGGCUACGCUAACUCACAUCAGCGCAGCGAGGCGACACCGCCGAGGAGAACUUUCGCCUGUCAAAAGUCCACAAGAAGAAGGCAGCGAGAGUGCCGUCCCAAGUCCAACGGUCAGGGGCGCACGUCGCACUUGCGCGACCGCGUGAGGCUUCUUCGUCCCACCGCGCGCGAGGGAGGCCGGGGGGCGACGACCGCCGCACUCAUGUCCGAACAGCCGAGCUCCGUGAAGCCCUUCCGCGGCAGGACGCGCCGCCUGGCCGCCGCCGCCGCCCCUGCGGGCAAAGCCAAGCUGACGCACCCCGGCAAGGCCAUCCUGGCAGGCGGCAUCGCGGGCGGCAUCGAGAUCUGCAUCACCUUCCCCACCGAGUACGUCAAGACUCAACUGCAGCUGGACGAGAAGGCCAACCCGCCCAAGUACAGAGGCGUCGGCGACUGCGUGAAGCAGACGGUCAGCGGCCACGGCGUCGGGGGUCUUUAUCGCGGUCUCAGCUCGCUGCUCUACGGGUCCAUUCCCAAAGCGGCCGUCAGAUUCGGCGUGUUCGAGUUCCUUAGCAACAAGAUGCGCGACGACAGCGGCAAGCUGGACAGCAAGCGCGGCUUCCUGUGCGGCCUGGGCGCCGGCGUGGCCGAAGCCGUGGCGGUCGUGUGUCCCAUGGAGACGGUCAAGGUCAAAUUCAUCCACGAUCAGACGUCGGCCAACCCCAAGUACAAGGGAUUCUUUCACGGCGUCCGGGAGAUCAUCAGAACUCAAGGGCUGAGAGGAACGUAUCAAGGUUUGACGGCCACCGUGCUCAAACAAGGCUCCAACCAGGCCAUCCGCUUCUACGUCAUGACCUCGCUCAGGAACUGGUACAAAGGCGACAACCCAAACAAAGCCAUUAACCCGUUGAUAACGGGAACGUUCGGCGCGGUCGCCGGAGCGGCCAGUGUCUUCGGAAACACGCCGCUGGACGUCAUCAAAACCCGAAUGCAGGGUCUGGAAGCGCACAAGUACAAAGGCACCGUGGACUGCGCCAUCAAGAUCAUGAAGCACGAGGGUCCCAGGGCGUUCUACAAAGGUACCGUGCCUCGUCUGGGUCGGGUGUGCUUGGACGUGGCCAUCGUCUUCAUCAUCUACGAGGAGGUGGUGAAGGCCCUCAACAUGGUUUGGAAGACAGACUGACUCUGGACCCGCUUGACAGUCCCAAACCGCUUUCCUCCCGUUCCCAGUUUUUCCUCCCGCCUACCUCUGAGUUAUUAACACAGGCGCGCAAAUGCAAAGUGAUGGUUGGGUUUGUGAUUUACGCAGUAUUGUCAGGAAAGGGGCUGUGGAAUGUGGAAGCGACUCGGGCAGGAAGGGCAAGCAUGUGAACGGCAACGACUCUCUUUUAAUGAGAGAAAAGAAUGGGACACAUUUAAUGACCAAGAAAUGAAACUUGAAGAUUUGAAAGCCUUCUUACGUAUGCAACUACGUAGACUUUCUUUAUAAAUGAAAUGUUAUGGACAAAAAAUUCUGCCUCGAAGUGCCUACUUGGUGUCAUUUGAGGUUCAUCUGAGGUGUAUGAUUCUAUUAAGUGUAAUCUGAUUAUGAUUAUUUUUGUUGCCUUUCAAGAAUGAUUUUACAAAAUGAAAUUCCACUGACAGUGCCUUCUACGUCAUUCCACAGAAGUUGGGUGCUUUUUAACGUUUCUAUCAGAUGAAGUGUAUGCUAUUAAUUGCCUUGCUCAUUCUUGAUGUCCAGUGUGCCAUAUCGGAGUUUGCGGGGGUCUACUUGCUCGUUAAGAUGUUUACGCGACGAGCUCAGCGCCGGCCUGGCUUUCAUAUAUACCACGACUUGUAUAUUCCAUGACACAGGUUCUCAAACUUUUUGGGUUCAAGGAAAGAAAUUUCCUCAACAUAAAUGCCACGUGUGCCCUGAAAUGCUGUAGGACGUAGAAGUUGGCUACGGUCGAGAAAUUAGUCCAAAUAUUACGAUAAAUUCAUAUUUGAUUGAGGAGGGUGGGGGGGGGGGUGACAACUUUUUUUUUUUUUUUUUUUAAUGAAAACUCUUUACAAUAACAUUUUUUUUCAGGAUAAAAACUCCUAAUUUCGAGAAUUCAUUUGUAUUUACCAAGAAAGUUGCAAUACGGCGGUGCCUUGAGCUAUAGAUGUACGGGUAGCUACAGAUGCGCUGUGCCCGACCCCAAAUAGCCAAAAUCCAUCAGAUGAAUUAUUGACGCUCCUUAUAAUUGGCAUGGGGGGAAAAAAUGCAAAUAAGUAAUGGGUCGGGUAAAGAAAAUGCGAAUAAGCGUUGGUCUCCGCGGCAUCAUUUUAUGUGGCCCGAGAGAGUAAAUCAUGCGUGUCGACUUCAUGUUUCUUGUGAAAAUACCAAAAUUGGUGUCUCUGCUUGGAUAAUGUUGAGAUAUUGCAAGCAUUUUAUGUUACCAAUCACCUUUUUCAAAUAAAUGUAAUAAUAGUUUA